AGUUUUAUUAAGUAUAUAUAAACAUGUUUAAUGCUUAGUGAAAAUAAUAUAAUGGCGAGUAAAACUUCAUACGAGUUACAUCACCACUUUCCGCGGCUGGCGGAGGAAUCAGGCUUCACUUUUAAUGUGCAUCGGCCUCGCAUUCACAUCGAUUGGAACAAAAUUCGUCUAAUAGACGUUGAAAGCAUAAUAAAGGAAAGAAAAUUUGUUCUCCUCGAGCAGCAUUUGAAUGAUAUAUUGUACUGCGUUUUGGAGUCGGAGUUUGACGUCCGCAUCUUGGAUGAAGGCGUGAUGAAGAUGUUUCGGCUCGCGCAACUCGCAGUCGAGUACCAACAGUUCUGUCGGCAUUAUCUGGACCGCAGCGUCUACGUAUUGAGGGAGGAAAUCACAGCCCUUGCACAGGAGUUAGAUGUCACGAAAAAGAACCUACGAGAAAAGGAAGAGGAACUACGGAAAUUAAAAAGAAAAACGAAGCAUACAUACAGAACACCGCUUCCCUACGGCAAUGACAAUAUUGCAAACAUGAUUUUAAAAACUCUUACGAACAAAAGUGAUAUGUUUCCAUCGACGUCUACCGUUGACGCGUUACAAUAUAACAAAUGCAGUUAUUGUGAUAAAGUAUUUUUAAAUCAACUUUAUUUAAAAAGCCACUUGACUAGGCGCCAUGCCAUAACAACAGAAAUACCCCAGAAAGAUGUGAGUGAAAAUGUUCAAAAUACUUCUACCGAAAAGGAAAAUUCUAAACUCGUCGACGAAAUCACUGAACUAAAAACAAAAUUGAAAGAAAUGGAAAAUUUACUGACAAAGGUAAAUAGUCAAACGAGUGCCAAUAUAUCGCCUGACCCAAAAGUUAGUGCGGUAAAUCGAGAACAUAAUAACGAAAAUUUUGAUAAAAAAAUGAAGGACGCUGAAGUAUCGGUUAACAACGAAUACAAUCUAUUAGAUAAAAUCGAAGAAUGGAAGAAAGAAGAACACGAAAAAUACAAUAAGGAAAUAAAUCUUUUACGUACACAAAUAGUGGAAAUCGUUAAUUCUUUUAAAAGUAAAGAAAUGGAUAAGCCAGUCCAGAAUAGCGAACCGAACAACAAUUUAAUAGAAGAAUUACAUAGCACAAUCAAACAGCAGGGUACAGAAAUACACGUUCUACGACAAGAAUUGAUUAAUACGAGGUUGGCAUCGGAAAACGAAGAGAAAGAUAGGAAAAAAGAAACCGAAGCACAGAUGUCAAUUUGGGCUAAACGUGUGGAAGUACAAACAAAGCAGUACGAAGCUUUACUUCAAAAGCUAAACGAAGUAGCGCAAGAAUCUAUAGAGGCUCGUGCGCAAGCUGAAGCAGAAAGAACUCGUGCAGCGCACUUGCAGGUGUUGCUACAGGAAAGUCAAAAUAACAAAACCAACGAAAACACGAAUAAGCAAAAUAAUUAUCAUAACAACAGUACACUUCAGAACCCAAAUGGUGAAUUAAAAAAUAGACCCGCUAAACGUAAGACACAUAAAAGCAAUCCGGUAGCUGACCACAAGACGUUAGAAAACCUUCACCGGAAAGCCCAGGAACUUCUCAAUAUGGAAUCCACAAGUUCCUCCGAUGCAUCAAGUGCUAGUCUCGAAAAAGCUGUGGCUAUUGAACAUGUGUUAAACAAAAAAGCACCAGAUAAAAAGAAUCAUAAAAAUUCACCAGACGUCAAGAUCACUAAUAGCCACAACAAGCCCCAAAUGAAAAGAUUUGAAAAAGUUAAUAAACAUAUGACAAGGGAUAAUUUGGUGGUAUCUGAUAUAAAGGAGCAAAAAGUAAAAAGAGAGAAAUCUAAGUCUCAUUUAAAUAUUGGAGCCAAAAUGGGAAAUGGCACUGUGGUACCUCCAGGAAGUCCCAUGAAAUUGGUUCGAGCGAAAAUAACAGAAGAAGUAAACAGCCGUCUAGUAACUAUCGGGGUAGAUCCAUUGAAAAACAGGUUGCCUAAAAAUUAUUUCCAGAAACAAAAAAUGCAGUUGCAUCAGCAUCAUGAAUUAAAAUCCAAGAAAAACCCUGAUUACCAAAAAGUAAAACAUUCAAUAUUAGCAUAUCUAGACUCCAAUACGUCUGGUAGGAAAAAAGAAGUUCCAGAUAUCCAAGAUUACGUCUCACCUCAAAAACUUUCUAAAGCUUUUAGCCUAUCUUCCGUUAUAUCCAACGUUAAGAGUAAGGCGUUGUCUUUAGUGAAGUCCAACGAUGCGCAGAUUAAAUCGAAACGCAAAGAAUUAAGUGCUGAGGUUGCUAAAAAAGCCAUGUCCUUACUGAAAACACCACCGAGUUCAGCACCCACCAGUCCAGCAGCUCAGAGACUGGAAAAGGAAAAAAGAGUAUCGUCGGCGGAAGGGACAAAACAGUUCCCACAGAGGAAAAAUAAUUCUCAAAUGACAAGUGAUACUAAAAACAAACAGAAGUCAAAAAAACAAAUGAAACCCGUUAAUGCAGGUUAUACAGACGAUGAUUCCAGUGAAAGCGAUCAUAGAUAUUAUAAUCCAGCCGUUGUUCAGCAAACUGCUAAAUCAAUUGAAAGUUUGAUUAAAUCGCCUGCUCGCCGCCCAGCCUCAGCUACUGCAGAUUACAAUGGUUCGGUCCGUAAAUUAAUUCUAAAUAAUGACGACAAUGGUCUUUUACGAUCACAGUCUGCAACAAAUGUUUCCGAAUAUAAGAACAAGUACAUGACAGUACAAGAAAUACACCAAAGAAAUAACUUGCUAGAAGAGCCGGUUAAACCAAAUCUAGAAAACAGCAGUGAGGAGUCUUUAUCUAUCGCAGCGCCUCUUAAUAAAGCAGAAUCUGAAAGAAACAUUCCAAAACAAACUAAAGGCGUAUUGAAAAACGCUUCAUCAAUCACUUCAUUAAGUAAGAAGAAAGUGUUAUUUGACAUGGAUGCUAUACAAAUGAAGUCUGUAAGCGCAUCACCCUCACAAAGUACUACAGAGAAGAGCGACAACAAUGAAAAAUUCGAGUUGGGUUUAGUAAAUCUUGACGGGGAGGAAUGGGAUAUAUCAAGUAUCGAAAAUGAGCCUUUAAAAAACGACACUAAAAUUCAAGUGAUUUCUCGUACGAGUCCGAAAAUUGCAGAGUUGAAACGAACUAUAGAAUCACAGUUAGCUCGGCGCAACGAGACUCCGUCAACAGCCUUGGUUGGUAGAGUGGAUCUCUUACCAGCUCCAAUGGCUAGGGCUUCCAGUGUUGCUGGUAGUAAUACCAGUCUUGGCAGCUCUAUUUUAGACGAGUCUGAUGGUAUACCCGCAGUAAACCCUAAAGCCUUCAUCAAACCGAAAAAAGUUGCUGAAAAAGAUGAUAGCGAAAUAGACAUUUCUGAGUACAGCCUCGAUGAAGGAAUACCAAACAAGAAGGGUAAUGAUUCUUUCUAAACAAUUUGUGCCAAGAUGUUUUAUAAAGACCCCUGUUAUUUCAAGAUUCCCAGUAACUUCAGUCUUUGACUAAGACGCGUUAAGUUGCUACAUUUUGUUGAUUACAUACUUUUAACUCAUUGCACUCGGACUGCCGCCUGUUCAGUCUGUUUCGUCAGUGAUUAAGUAUGUGAUAAAUAAAAAUAACUUACCUACUUGCGAAGUGCCUAUUAUAUUUUGUCUAUAUCAAAACUAAAUAAGACUUCGUUU